AUGGCACUUAAAUCCUUGUUACCUCCAAACAGUAACAACCGUAACAUAAAAACCUUAACUCCCAUGGUUGCUCAAGAACGUAUUGAGGAAUUAGGUCAAAGUGUUGGGUAUCAAAUAAGACUUGAAAAGAAGUUACCAAGAGAUACCGCCUCAAUAUGUUUCUGUACAACUGGUGUAGUAUUAAAAAAAAUGGAAGAUGAUCCUUCUUUAUCUAGAGUUUCACAUCUUAUUAUCGAUGAAAUUCACGAACGUGCAAUCCCAUCUGAUUUUUUAAUUACACUCUUGAAAGAAGUACUAAAGAAGCGGACUAAUUUAAAAGUGAUUCUUAUGAGCGCCACUUUAAAUGCUGAAGAGUUUUCCAAGUAUUUUGACAAUUGUCCCCAUAUAUGUAUUCCCGGUUUUACUUUUCCAGUCGAGCAAUACUUCUUAGAAGAUGUACUACAAGUAACUAAAUUCAAAUUUUUUUCAGACAGGUCAAAAAAAUAUUUCAAAUAUGUAAGACAACAGAGUGAAGAAGAACUUGAAUUUGAUAAGUAUAUUUUGCCUCAAAUAAAAAUGAAGGCUUUCGAAAAACAAUAUGAUAAAGAAGUGUAUGAACAAUUAUGUAACUCUGAAAGCGAAAAGUUAAAUUUGAAUCUUGUAUUAGCGUUACUUGUCAAAAUUUGUCAAAAAGAUGGAAUGGCAAUUUUAAUAUUCGUACCAGGCCUGACAGAUAUUUCUGACCUUAACAAGUCUAUUAAAAACUCAAACCUUUUUGACCCAAAUAAAUAUCUGAUAAUUCCUUUACAUUCGAAGAUGCCGACAGUAGAUCAGAAACAAAUUUUUAAUCCUGCACCACACGGAAAAAGAAAGAUUAUUAUUUCUACCAACAUUGCAGAAACUUCAAUUACAAUAGAUGAUGUUACACAUGUUAUAGAUUGUGGCAAAAUUAAAAUGUCUGAUUUUGAUGUAACCACUAAUACGGAAACACUCAAAACAAGAUGGGUAAGUGUAGCAAAUGCAGAUCAAAGAAAGGGUCGUGCCGGUAGAGUACAAGCAGGUAUAUGCUAUCAUCUUUUUAGUACAUAUAGGAAAAAGCGUUUGGAUUUAUACCAGAAACCUGAAAUUCUUCGUACAAGAUUAGACGGUACUAUUUUACAAGCAAAAAUAUUACAACUUGGUAAAGUUAAUCAAUUCUUUCCUAAAUUAAUGAAUCCUCCAAGUGCUGAAUCCUUAUCGUUAGCAUUGGAUCUACUUAAAAGAUUAAAUGCUUUAGACGAAAGUGAAAAUUUAACGCCGCUGGGUUACCAUCUAGCAAAAUUACCCAUGUCUCCGCAGAUAGGAAAAAUGGUAUUAUUUGGAGCUAUAUUUAGCUGUUUAGAUCCAAUUCUGUCAAUUGCUACUUCUUUGGAUUUUAAAGACGCUUUUCAGAUUCCAUUAGGAAAGGAAAAACAAGCAGAUGCUAAAAAAAGAGAACUGGGAAAAGGAUUUAUGAGUGAUCACAUCGUUUUGCACAUAGUAAUGGAAAAAUAUGAAAAAAUGAAUAAUCCAUCUUUUUGUUACGAUUAUUUCUUAAGUUCCUAUACCUUAAAGCUAUUAAAGAAACUGAAAGAACAAUUUAUGGGCUAUCUUCUUGAAUUAAAAUUUGUAUCAGAUUUGAAUCCAAAAAAUAUAAUCAAUAAUGUAAAUUCGGGAAAUAUCAGUUUAGUAAAAGCUGUGGUUUGUGCUGGUUUAUUUCCAAAUGUUGCUAUCGCCAAACAUGAUAGGAGAGGAAUAGUUAGGCAUCUACAUUCUCCAGACAGACAAACAAGAUACGAAUUUCAUUUGAAAUCAAUAUUAACUGUAAAUCAACCUUUCCCGUCACCUUUAGUAGUAUAUUAUACAAAAGUAAAAACUAGCAAAGAGUAUAUUCAUGACGCAACAAUGAUAUAUCCUUUACCCCUUAUUUUCUUUGGAGAUCAGUAUAAAGCAAUAAGGGAAUCUGAUAAUUUUUUCAUAACAGUUUCCAAUUAUUUAAGAUUUUCUAGCAACUUUUUCACAUAUCAGCUGAUAACAGAGCUAAGAAAUAGAAUGAAUUGGUUCUUAGAGUAUAAAAUUACUUCUCCGGGUGUUGUAGAUUGGACUAAUCCUAGCGACAAUCUUAAUAUUUUACAAGCUGUUGUCGAACUUAUAACUGCUGAAGAUAUAGGAGAAAUUGAUUCAUUUGAUGAUGAAGACACAUAUGAUCUAAUUUAG